AUGAUGCGCGAAAGCUCCAACAGAGCCGCCCCUAACAGGGACUCUAUCCUCACAUUCCGAGAAAUCACCGAGGACAACUGGCGCGCGGUAGCAAACCUGAGUCCUAAAGACGGUCAAGUUGGCAACCUUGCUUCCAACGUAUGGUCUCUCUGCGAAGCCCAUUACUCCGAAGACGCAUGGGUUAGAGCGAUCUACGCCGACGAGACGCUUGUUGGCAUGCUCAUGAUGGCGAUUUGGGACCCGGACGAGGCAUACUACAUCUGGCGAUUCAUGAUCGAUGGCCGGUAUCAGAACCUAGGGUACGGUCGACGGGGCGUAGAGUUUGCAAUUGCGCAUAUACGACAGCACAAUCCUCGAGCAAAGCAGCUGGGGGUGAUGUCAACGCCGCCAGAAGGGAAGGAGAGUGAAAGUCCGAUCAAGACUGUAAAGCCUGAGGAUUCGCCAUACAAGUUUUAUCAAAAACUCGGGUUCAAGGAGGUUGCACCGGCAGAUGAAGACGGAGAGAUCAAAUUGGCAAUAGACUUAUAG